UAAAAAGGCCUUUUUAAUACAAAAUAAGUCUGUCACUGUCUUUUUACAUAUAAAAGUAUUGUACAGUAUUUGUAACAAUGAGCUUUUAUUCUGAAAUGAGCAGACGUGUACUCUGAAAACCAGACAGGAAAUAAGGCUUUGUUUACAAAGUCUGCUUCCGGUGCUCACUUCCAACAACGUCGCAUGUUCAAUUUCUUUUCUCCUCAUUAGUCUAAACUUUGACAACGUUGGUUUUGGGGCGUUAUCUUCUCCAAAAACAAAAAAAACACACACAAGAAAACGUUUAUAAUAUAGCAUAAUUGUCAGAUACGUUUUCUUAAUUUUGCAGCAGCUAACUUUGGCUAACUAAUAGCACAGAUGGUGCAUAGCAGUGUGAUUUAAUUCAACAGGUGCAAAUCAGAGGAUGCAAGGUCAGUCUACGGAAAUUCCUCAUUUGGAAAUGUCUAAAAUUAGGAAGGUAGAUAAUGUUUUGUUUACCAGUUGAUUUGCAUUGACGCAUGUUGACAAAUUCAACUCAUACGUAAUGCACAAAUUCAGUUUGAAGUUCCUUAAAAGUGCACAAUUCCAGAAAGCGGUUGCUUGCAAAAAAGCGUCCCUGCAGAAACUUCUUUGCGCAGUCGCCAGUACCCACUGCAGAAACGUCUCCACCGUUGGACCACUGCUUUUCGGUUCCAAGGCUAUAGGGUCACGUACCUGUAUAUUUUGGUGUCAAGUGCGUGCCAUGCAGUCUCUUGGGAUUAUGGAGAGCGCAGGAAACACUGCAUUUGCAAAAGAAGGCGAUGGUGGUGGAAGUGUUAAAGCCCCCGUGGAAGAGGAAUACAUGGAGAUGGUACAUGGAGCAUCAGUGAAAGUAAUGAUGACUCCAGAGAAAGUGGGAGAAAUUCAUUCAAAAAGAACUGACCCUGAAGUUCCAACAGUGUCUGGGUCAAAUGAGAAGAAUAGGAGGAAGAUGAAGAGGGAGCAGAAAAAAAUGUCAGAGAAAAAGUCAGGAGAAGAUGCAAAGAAGUUCAUGUCUGAGCUCCCAUUUGCUUUGACCAGUCCCUCAAAAUGGAAGGAGCUGGGAUUCCACUUCCCAGAGUCAACACAGAAGAAACGGAAGAGAAAGAGAGGAGACAGUUGGGGACGUGUGGACAAUGAGGCAGAUGGAGACAAAAAGAAAAAGAAGAGAGAAACCCAGCGACCAAACUAUUUUCUCUCCAUCCCCAUAACUAACACACAGAUAAGCUCAGCCGUGACUGAGGACCAAGAGGCGGUGCUUGGCAAGGAGCGUUUGUCCAAAGCCUUGAUCCCUGUCCCAACUCUUCACAUCACGCUGUUAGUCACCCAUCUGGCAAAUCAGGAGCAAAUAGACCAAGCGGCAGGCAUACUCAGUCAGAUUGAGCCCUCAUUGGCCGAGGUGCUGGGUGGGCGGAGCCUGGUGUUGCCCUUUUCAGGCAUCAGUCACUUCAGGAAGGAGGUGGUGUUUCUUGGGCUGGCCCCUGGACAACACAGACACACGCUGGACAGCCUGGCAGAGUUGUUCCGGAGUCGUUUUGAAGAACAGGGUCUUUUGCAAGGAGACGCUCGUGGGUUUGAACCCCAUCUAACCAUUAUGAAACUGUCCAGAGCUUCAAAGCUACGAUCACAGGGUAUAAAGCGUGUGGACCCAGUCCUCUACUCCAAUUAUUCUGACAAAUUCUUUGGAGAUCAGACGGUGGAGAGGGUGGAUCUUUGCUCCAUGUUAAAAAAGAAGCAAGAAGACGGUUAUUACCACACUGAGACCUCUUUACAACUUGGUGGACGCCGUCGUUCUGAGCCGGACGAGGCCGAGCUCCUGAGAGGCAACAGGAAGUUGGUGGAAGAUGCCGUCAGCCGUGCCUUGCAACAGUACAAACAGGAAACUUUUCAGAACGGGGGCGGGCCUAACUCCACGGCCCUGCAGCUCCCCAGUGAUGAAGAGGACACAGCCACAAAGACCCCAGCUAACUCGGCCACAGAAAACAGGAAGUGACAUCAUUGAACUGAGCCACACAGACUGAAAAUCCAGCUGCCCUGAGACCACUAGCCAGUCCUGGCGGAACAGAAGGAGAAUCACUGUCUGAGCAGAAGUCCUGGAUCAGCCAGGUGAUCAGCACAGUCCUGCUAACAAACUCCACCAGCUAGCUGAUCACCACUGCCAGCCAGCCCGCCGAGCUCACUUCCUGCCCUCUGACCUGGCCUGACACAGUGCUGGUUGAAUAGAUUAUGUAGCUUAAAACCAGUGCGAGUUGGCGUCUCUCUGAAGACACCAGAUCCCCAAGUCUACUAGGUAACUCACUAAUCCGACUCACGGAGUCCGACGCUUUGGAAGAAGUCGCCAAACAGCUGGACUUUCACGUGAUCACCAUAACUGAUGCUGCCUCCCUUUACAGCUGCUCCAAACUACAUGAAGUGUCCCUCCAGAAAAGGGAGUGGAAUCCAACAGAUGAUUAUUUACCACUUGUUUUUUUUUAUGUUUUUCUUUUUUUUUUUUUUUUUUUUUUUUUGUAGUGACGAGCAUAUAGAGCAGUGAGCUCUCUGCUCGAUUCUACAGCAGAAAUACAUUUCUGUUGGCCUGAUGAUGGAUAUACCUGGUCAACCUACCGUCCUUUGACUUAAGUCACACUUGCUCGACAUUUGAUUUUGAUGUUGAGCUUCAAGCAGAUAAGAAUAUUAUUAUUUUAGUUUGAGUAGUCCUCACUCCAGAGAGACGCCUUCACACAGGGUUUCACUGUGACCUCACGCUCACAAACUGUUUGGAUUAAAACAGCUCAGCAUCCUUUGUUCACCUUCACUUCAAACACUCCUCUCUUUAACCAGACAGCUUUGGGCAAAUGUUUUUAAUUUUCUCUGCCUGUGUUUUCUCAGACAACCAUUGAAUGUCAAUAUGGUGACAAAUUAACUUUUUCAUGUUUCAGUGUCAAACUGAAUUUGUUAGAACUCGGCGUGUACAAGCGACUGUGGUUUGAAAGCACUUUGAAUUCCUUCUUGUGAUCAGUCACAUUGUCUGCAAUCUUUGUCGUCUUCUCCCUGUAGUAUCGUCUCUCUGAACAAAUCUCCAGCUCUGACCUGCUAUCAAAUCACAGAACUAUUGUCCUGCCAAGGCUGCAUUAAGACAAUCAUUAGGGUUAAAGAUAAAUUCAGGUUAGGAUUUUCCCAAAAGCCCAAAGUCUGGAUUGUUCCGUUGGUUCCAUUAACAAUAUUUGACUUUUGUUAAUAUAUAUGAAUAAAAGUGCAUCAAUGACUAACACUAAAAACUACCAAGAGUCAAUUUCACACAAAAUGGUGCUUAGCUUAAAAAUAGUGCUAUAAAUCAGAGGAUUUCCUUUAUUACCUCUGUUUCCUUUGUGGAAAAAGUUCAUAUUAAUAAUCUUUGUUCAAAAUCUGUUUUAUGGUUUCUUGGUAUGGUAUUUUCAAAAGAAAUGUAGUUAUUUUAGUCUUGCUAAAUCACAGUUCGGCUCAGUGUUAAUUUAGAAGUUUUAGAAUUUAAAACCACCCCCUAUUAUGAUGGUGAUAAACUUAAUGGGGAGUUUCAGUUGACAGCAACUAAAUCUUCUGUCCAGAUGUAGAAAAAGUCAUCAAAACAACUUGGAGGAAAAGUUUGAUUCUGACAGUUAAAAUAUUUCGUUUUCCUUUUUAAUGAUCUUCAUUUGUUGAUUUUGUUGAAGCAGAAUGAAUCCCCUGUCAGAAAAAAAAUUACAGUUGCAUGAAAUGGAACUUUUUUAAAGCUGUGGUUUCAGUUGAACUUGAGAAGAAGAAGAAAAGCACAGAACUUUGAUUUGUCUGGUUGAAAUAAUCUCAUUUUUAGAGCGUAGUUGUUGGAUCACCAUUUGAAGACCGUUCAUCAACAUGGAAGUGUGAGGAGUUUUUUGCCUGAGUUGGAAGUAAAAGAAAAAAAAAGGACAUUACCUUUGUUACUUCUUCAUCCGUGUGUGUGUAAGGGAGACUGAGCUGACAGCUUCAGUCUGAUGAGUUUAUUACACUUUAGAAUAAGCAGCUGUAAAAAGAGAACCUGUUCCAUCAUCUCUGUAAAACCCUGUUGCUUCAUUGAAACAUAAACAACAAAGACAAACUCUGUCUCAAAGUGGACUUUAAACAUUUUGGUUUUAAUCUGAUUACUGUCACCGGAUCCUUAAUCUCCUUAAAACUCCCCUUUAAUACAUGAGUAGUCCUGGUGGUUUGUGUGUUUAUUCUCUCCAUGUGUAUCUGUGUGUGUGUGUGUGUGUGUGUGUGUGUGUGUGUGUGUGUGUGUGUGUGUGUGAUGUUUGAUCACCGUUCCUCAGAGAAAUGCCCGUCCUUCUCAGUUGUAAAACAGAGAGUGUGAGGACGAACUUGUCCUUUCUGUUUGUCUUUCCCUGGUAUAACAUGUCCUGCCAUAUUUGAUCAAUAAAACAGGAAAUGAGAUCCAGAACCAA